UCCGGUCACUUGAACCACCACCACCACCCACCACCUCCGCCACUAAUCCGGCCACCCUCAUGCCUUCCAUGAAGAUUUUAUGACGCUCAUGAAUACAUUCAUCAUCAGCACAAGCUUCAUCAUCGCCUUGAAGCUCCCGCGAACCAUGACUGCUGCCCUGUUUUUGAGACGGAGCCCUGUCCGAGUCAAGACUUCCCCUAAGCGUUGAUGUCCGCGAGCUAGAUGGAUCUUCCACGCAUUGAGGUUCCUUGGGCAUCUGAUUUACAGUCUUAAACGCCGGAGCAUCCACCAUAACAGAGUGCAGUUGUGCAUGGCUCAAUCUCAAUCUCUCGGCCUUACUCGUCCUGCUCAAAUCGAGUUCUCCAAGAUCUCUUUUGCCGCAAGGGAGGUCAAUUUGGUGGAGUGGAAAGGAGAUGUACUUGCAGUAGGUGUUACAGAGAAAGACGUGGUUAAAGAUGAAAACUCAAAAUUCCAAAACUCAAUCCUGGAGAAACUUGAUUCCAGUUUGGGUGGUUUGUUGGCUGAAGCUUCCUUAGAGGAAGAUUUCACUGGGAAAGCUGGACAAUCGAUGGUUCUUCGGCUGCCAGGUCUUGGGGCAAAGAGGAUUGGGUUGAUUGGGCUUGGACAGCGCGUAUCAGCUCCAGCUACCUAUCAUAGUCUUGGUGAGACAGUCGCUGUUGCAGCAAAGGCUACUCGGGCAAGUCAUGUUGGCAUUGUGCUUGCUUCUUCCGAGGGGCUUUCUGCUGAUUCAAAGCUUAAGUCUGUUUCAGCAAUAGCAUCCGGAAUGGUGCUGGGGAUUUAUGAAGAUAACAGGUUUAAGUCAGAAACAAAGAAUCCAACUCUCAAAUCUGUGGAUAUUCUUGGUCUUGGAACUGGACCUGAUCUGGAGAAGAAGCUCAAGUACACGGAAGAUGUUUGCUCUGGGAUAAUUUUUGGGAAAGAGCUGGUAAAUGCACCUGCCAAUGUACUCACUCCUGGGGUGCUGGCAGAAGAGGCUUCAAAAAUUGCCUUAAUGUACAGUGAUGUUCUUUCUGCGACAAUUUUGGAUGCUGAGCAAUGCAAGGAAUUGAAAAUGGGCUCCUACCUUGGAGUUGCUGCUGCUUCAGCCAAUCCUCCACGUUUCAUCCAUUUAUGUUACAAACCGCCAAGUGGGCCUGUUAAAACCAAGUUGGCAUUGGUGGGAAAGGGAUUGACUUUUGACAGUGGUGGCUACAACAUCAAGACAGGACCUGGGUGCUUAAUUGAGCUCAUGAAAUUUGAUAUGGGAGGUGCAGCAGCAGUUUUAGGUGCAGCAAAAGCUCUGGGUCAAAUAAAACCUGCUGGAGUAGAGGUUCAUUUUAUUAUUGCAGCUUGUGAGAAUAUGAUUAGUGGAACAGGAAUGAGACCUGGGGACAUUGUGACAGCCUCAAAUGGCAAGACAAUUGAGGUCAACAAUACUGAUGCUGAGGGCAGACUUACACUGGCAGAUGCUUUAGUAUAUGCCUGUAACCAAGGUGUUGAGAAGAUAGUUGACUUAGCAACAUUAACUGGUGCCUGCGUAGUUGCUCUUGGACCCUCAAUUGCAGGUGUCUUUACGCCUAAUGAUGACCUUGCAACGGAGGUGCUUGCAGCUUCUGAGAUCAGUGGCGAAAAACUUUGGAGAAUGCCUUUGGAAGAGAGCUAUUGGGAGUUCAUGAAAUCUGGAGUAGCUGAUAUGGUCAAUACUGGUGGUCGUCAAGGUGGUGCCAUCAAUGCUGCACUUUUCUUGAAACAGUUCGUCGAUGAGAAGGUUCAAUGGAUGCAUAUCGACAUGGCAGGCCCCGUCGUGAGCGAAAAGACGAAGACUGCAACCGGCUUCGGCAUUUCAACUCUUGUGGAAUGGGUUCUGAAAUGCUCCACCUGACCUACCGGGGCAGCCUGGACUCAACAGUGUCUGAGAAACGGGGCAAUCUAUAGUGGGUGAUGUGAUGGGUAAAAAGGGCAUUAGAUGAAUAAAAAUGGAUGCCGUGAGCUGAGGAAUUGGUUGUUUCCAAUAUCGUUUCACUAAAUUAUGGCUGUUUCUUAAACAUUAGUAAUUCUGUGCUUGGUAGUUAGUACACUAUUGUGAUAUAAAUAUAAUAUCAGUACCGAUCGCCUAUUGUGACCCCCAAAAGUUGGUCUGUUGGUAAGAUAAUGAUCUGUUGGUCUGUUGCUUCAAUCAUACGAAUCCCUGCUGUAGCAAUAUGCAGCACAGCAGGCAGGU